GCGAAGGCCGAGACCCAAGAACCUGGCUGCACGAGCAAUUCUAAGAGUCCCCGCCAGAUCCCGGUGGUUGAGAUGGUGACGGACGACGAGGAGGCGCCGGGUGUUUUCAAGGCUCUGGAUCUUAAUCAUAUCAUCAAACUUCUUGAAAAGACUGGCAAAGAUUUGGAAGAAAAACAACUUAAAUCUGUCAAGAAACUGGUGCAGUAUUAUCAGAAUGGACUUCCUUUAAGGGAUUUAGCACAGAUAUUUAAAAUUCUGAAUCUGUGUGCAGGAAAAAUUAAAAACCGGCCUCAUUUUUUAGAAUCUGCAUAUGAUAUCAUAAAAUUCUUGCCAUUUCUGAAAAAGAAAGUAUCGGAUGAAAUAACUUAUGCUGAAGAUACUGCUAAUUCAAUUGCUCUUUUGGGUGACUUAAUGAAAAUACCAAGUUCUGAAUUGAGGAUACAAAUUUGUAAGUGUAUUGUUGACUUUUAUCAUGCAGAACCACCAAAGAAGCAUAUUCCAGGUUACCAGCAAGCUAGUUCAUCAUACAAGAUUCAAAUGGCUGAAGUUGGAGGACUGGCAAAAACAAUGGUCCAGUCAAUGACCUUGCUUGAAAAUCAACUUGUUGAGAAACUUUGGGUACUUAAAGUUCUACAGCAUCUCUCGACUUCUGAAGUUAAUUGUACUUUAAUGAUGAAAGCACAAGCAGCCAGUGGAAUCUGUGUUCACCUCAAUGACCCAGAUCCUUCAGGACAGCUUCUGUUUCGUUCAUCAGAAAUACUUUGGAACUUAUUGGAAAAAUCUUCAAAAGAAGAAAUUGUUCAACAGCUUAGUAACUUGGAAUGUUUGUUGACUUUGAAGGAAGUAUUUAAAAACCUGUUUGUGAGAGGUUUUAGUCAUUAUGAUCAUCAGCUUAGAAAUGAUAUAUUAGUGAUCACUACAGUUAUAGCUCAAAAUCAUAGUGCACCAAUGAUUGAAUGUGGCUUUACCAAGGAUUUGAUACUAUUUGCAACCUUUAGUGAAGUUAAAAGUCUAAAUCCUUUGGUAAAAGGACUUAAGCUUUCUAAUUCCCAUGAAGAUUUUGAGUUGAAGAAAUUGCUAUUCAAUAUAAUUGUGAUCUUAUGUAAAGAUUUACCUACCAUACAGCUAUUAAUAGAAGGCAAAGUUGUUCUGGCUUUGUUUACCUAUGUUAAAAAACCUGAGAGACACAAAAUAAUGGAAUGGUCUCCAGCACAGCAUGAAGAAUUACAGUUGCAUGCAAUUGCCACUUUGUCAUCAGUGGCUCCUUUAUUAACAGGAGAAUAUAUGUCACAUGAGGGAAAUGCUCGAGUCCUUGCUUUUCUGGAAUGGUGUGAGAGUGAGGAGCCCUUCCUUAGUCAUGGUAACAGUUUUCAUGGUACAGGUGGUCGCGGCAACAAGUUUGCCCAGAUGCGUUACAGUUUAAGACUCCUGAGAGCCAUGGUCUUCCUUGAAGAUGAGACUGUGAACACAGACCUUUGUGAAAAGGGAGCAAUUCAGCAAAUAAUAGGAAUCUUUAAAAAUAUAAUGAGCAGGCCUAAUGAAAAAGAAGAGGCCAUUGUUUUGGAAAUCCAGUCUGAUAUAUUACUUAUCUUAUCCGGUCUUUGUGAGCAUCAUAUUCAAAGGAAGGAAAUUUUUGGAACUGAAGGAAUAGAUAUAAUUCUUCAUGUAAUGAAAACAGACCCUAAGAAGUUACAGAGUGGCUUAGGCUAUAAUGUACUUCUUUUUAGUACAUUGGACAGCAUUUGGUGA